UUUGUUUGGGAAGUGCAUAAACUAUUAAAUUCCAUCAGUUGAUUAGUCAUUUUCCAUUAAUUAAUUACUAAACCGUCUUCACCUUUCAAGAAAUAUGUGAAUUUUAGAAAAUUACAGUAUACAUUGAAAUAAGUAUCAAACUGUGCUGAGCAUUUUAUAUAUUGAGUGAUAUUUAUAUAGAAAUAAGAGGAUGGAAAAGUGGAAAUUAUUUGUGUUUCUUUUAGCUUCCUUUGUGGGUGAAAAUGCUGCUGGAAAUUGUACCAUACCAAAAAUCAUGCGAGGUGCAUGGUUUUCGUGGGAAAAACAGAAUACCAUGACAGAAAUGGAUCCAGAAUAUUUGAUGAGGAGAGGUGAAAAAAUGAAAUGUGUCGAUAUAAGGGCUAGUUAUAAUGUAAACUACACAAUGGUGUUCCAAGAAAGUAGAGAAUGUUUCAAGUGUAUAAAGUUUUUAGUCCGAACUUUGAAUGUAUUGGAAAAAAUGGAAACUCCAUGUAUCAAUAUACCAGAUCACCAAGCAACUGUGGAGUAUGUGUGUAAAGAUCUUGAUCCCCAUCAAACAAUCAUCACACUAUUUUCUGAAACUUAUGUCCCAGUUAAUUGUCGUUCAUCCCUUGAGGGGGUAUGGAACUUUGCCUAUCAGAAUCGUUUCAAAUUCACUGGAGAAUGUACACACCCUGAUGCACAAAUUAGGUCCUGUCAGACAGCCGGAACCCAGUUUUUCAUAACUAAUCAAAGGUUUAAUAUAACCUAUAAGAAAUGUGAGGGAAUGACAGGAACAUUUGAUGGAGUUGUUGAAUAUGCAUGCUUGGGAGAUUGGUUUGUUGGAAAAAAUCAUUACUUUGCUGUUGCCAACACUAAGGAAUCACGAAAAGAUGAAAAGUAUAGAUGUUUCCUCAAAAACAGGGACGAUGAUUUGUUCUUGGGAGUGUCCAUCACUGCUGAAUGCAAUACAUUGAAAACUGUUGAGAAAAGUCCUGAAAGACUGCAUGUAACACCAGUGAAGGCAGAAAGUGUUGAUGCUGCUUGCAGGUUGCCCCAGAAUUUCACAGGAGAUUGGAUCAAUACUGCAAAUAUUGAUGCCGAUGUAUUCAUUAAUGAAACUCACAUCAUCGAAACUUAUUAUCCUGAUGAGGGUAGAUAUCGAAGGACUAUCUAUGCUUGUAGGGAGAUAAGGGAUUCCAGAGUAAUGAUGGCGAGGCUUACAGUUGAUGGAUGUCAAAAAGAUUAUGUUUGUUUCGACUUCGUACCCCAACAUCAUAACAUAAUCAGAUAUAGGAAAGGCGUGGCUGUUAUUAAAGACGAUUAUAGUACGGUGUGUUCGUGGGUGCAGUUUCCCACUAAGGAGAAGUGGAGGUACGAGAUUUUCCUGAAGAAAAACCCCGUACCUAUCAGAUGUCCGGUUGCCGGCAAAUUCAACUUCACCCAAAGGGGCGACAUACCCUUCCAAACAAGAAUUUUGGGAGGUGUCACUCAAAGUCCACGUCCGGAGAUUUAUUGUAAAGAAUAUAUAUCCGAUUUGUCUGUAUGCGAUACGGAACAGAAGGAAAUGGCUAUAGAUGAGAGUUAUUGUUUGUCUGUUGACCAUUUGGGACGACCUGUUGAUAUUUACAGUGAUCCCGACUACAAGAUGAAAUGCAUCGGCUAUUGGAAGGAGAAUCUGAAGUCCUAUUUGAUAACUUACGACGAACUGGAUCCCUUCUCAAAGUACAAAUGUUGGGUUUAUCAGAGAGCCGAUUUGAACAAAGUUCUCAUGUCUCAAGCUAUCGGGCCGUUCUGCGAUCUUAACCAAGAUGUCAGGUCCUUUAACUAUACAGAAGGAGCAGCCGUAGCAAUUGAAAUGUCGGAAUACGAGAGAGAACGUGAUGCCUGUCCCAUGCACUUCGACGAUGGCAGUAAUCCGUGGGCGGAAACCGACAAUGCAAUUAUUGUGUUCAAUUUUGGACUGAAAGGAUCUAGUACAAGUCUGUACAGUUCCCUUAUUCUCACUUCUAGUUUAUUACUUAUAGUCCUUUGUUGCAGGUUCUAAGAGGUUUUACUAAAAUUUUGUUCAUCAUUCUUUUUGAAUAUUUUAUUUUUUAAUUGAUUUUUAAAAACUUCCAUUUAUAUUUGCUACUGUAAUUUUCAAGUCAAUACUCAUAUGUUGAUGUUUUAUUGUACAAAGUAAUUAGUGAUGUUGAAACCUGUGACAAAUUUUUUAAAUAUGAUGAUAAAAUGAUCAUCAACAUUUUUUAGUCCGUCCUUUAAAUGAUUUAGAUAUACAAAGAAUAUUGAGUAAUUAUUUGUUAAAAUAUUGAUGCAUUUUCUUUAUUAGGAAUCUAUUUUCUAGAGCAAAUCAGGAAAUUUUACAUUCCAUCCGUCCAUGUAAUUUUUUAUUAUAUAUAUAAAAAAAUAAAAUAUAUGAAUAUUUUAA